CUCUCUCUCUCACAGAGAAACACAGAGACUGUGUUCUGUUUUGUGAAGUAUUUUGGCAUAGCCAGCUAUAGGAAAAUGGGUGACAUUUCUUAUUCCAAUGGAACCAACAAUGGCAAUGGGAAUGGGAAUGGGAAUGGGAAUGGAGUAAAUGGAAAAGCUCAUUCAGUUCUGAAUGGAUACAGGAAGAGCUGUUGGUAUGAGGAAGAAAUUGAAGAAAAUUUAAGAUGGAGCUUUGCUCUUAAUAGUAUCUUGCAUACGGGAGCUACUCCAUACCAAGACAUUGCAUUGUUGGACACCAAACCCUUUGGAAAGGCUUUAGUCAUUGAUGGAAAGCUUCAAAGUGCUGAGACUGAUGAAUUUAUCUACCAUGAAUGUCUUGUUCAUCCACCACUUCUUCAUCAUCCCAAUCCAAAGAACAUCUUCAUCAUGGGAGGAGGUGAAGGCUCCACUGCAAGAGAACUUCUGAGACACAGGACUGUGGAGAAGGUUGUCAUGUGUGACAUUGAUGAGGAGGUGGUAGAGUUCUGUAAGUCAUAUUUGAUUGUAAACAGUGAAGCUUUCUGUGAUCCAAGACUGGAGCUCAUCAUCAAUGAUGCCAGGGCUGAGCUAGAACACAGAGAAGAGCAGUAUGAUGUGAUAAUUGGAGACCUUGCAGACCCAAUAGAAGGAGGCCCAUGCUAUAAACUCUACACCAAAUCCUUUUAUGAGCUGAUUGUCAAGCCUAGGCUCAGCAAGGAAGGCAUUUUUGUCACACAGGCAGGUCCUGCUGGAAUUUUCAGCCAUACAGAAGUGUUUUCUUGCAUUUACAAUACUUUGAGGCAGGUCUUUAAAUAUGUUGUGCCUUAUUCAGCUCAUGUUCCCUCAUAUGCUGAUAUUUGGGGAUGGAUCAUGGCUUCAGAUACCCCUUUUGAGCUAAGUACUGAUGAAUUAGACCUCAGAAUUAAACAGAGGAUCAAAGGGGAGAACAGAUACCUAGAUGGAAAAACCUUAUCAUCAGCCUCAACCUUGAGCAAAGCUGUCCGGCAAUCGAUGGACAACGAGACUCAUGUAUACACAGAAGGAACGGCAAGGUUCAUAUAUGGCCAUGGCCAUGGCAGUGCCUACAAACAAAAUUAAGCUUGGGAAAUGUAAGAGUGAAGAACCACAACCAAAAGGCAAAGCUAGCACUUAGAAACAAAAGAGUGCGAGUGGGAAGACAAUCUUGGGUCUUCCUUUUCUUUAGCUGUAUUUCUCUUUUUCCUUUUCUUUCUUUGUUUUUGUGUAGUAACUUAUAAAAACUAUGGUAUAAAUCUUUGUUUGUGUCUCUCUUUCUUGAUAUGUCUAUUUGGAAUAUGGGAGUUUAUGUGAGUAUGAAAUGGCAAUGCAACUA